CAGGCGCCCCAUUCUCCCUCUACCUCAAGCUGACCAUCAGAAUCUCACCUCUCGAACCACCCCGCACUCCUAAUCAUCCAGCAUUUCAGCAUCACUAUUGUCACUAGAUCACCAUGAAGCUCGUCAUUGGCGGUUCAACUGGCUACGUCGCCACAGAAGUCCUUUCUCAGGCCCUUAAAAAUCCUGCAAUAACCUCGAUCGUUGCCCUCGGUCGACGCGAGGCCCAACUGUCUCCAGAGACUGGAUCUGACGCUGCAAAGCUGAAAAUCAUUGUCUGUGAUAACUUUGAGGAUUAUCCCGACAACGUGAAGAGCGAACUUGAGAAUGCAGAUGCUUGUAUCUGGACCAUCGCCAUAACGCCCAAAAGGCUCAGCACAAUCCCAUGGGAAGAAACAUGCAAGAUCUCACGCGACUACGCAACCACUGCGGUCAAAACCCUGGACACCCUCCGCCAACCCCAGCCCAGGGGGAAACCACUACGCUUCCUCUAUAUGAGCGGACAUUUAUCGCAGCGUACUCGAGCCCAAAUCCCCGCUGUCCUACGGGAUAGCGGCCUGAGUGAUUACUCAUUACUACGGGGAGAGGCGGAGACGCUGAUCCUAAACUACGCAGAACGAUCGCAAGGAGCAGUUCAAUCCUGCGUCGUGAAGCCGGGACUCAUUGAUGCUCCAGGGGCGGAAAAGCGUGAGGUCCCGGGUGUCCCGCACAUUGAAUUGCCGGAUAUUGCGGCUGCCAUGCUGGAUCAGGUUGUUGGUGGGUUUGAGAAGGAUACGUUGAGUAAUGAUGAUUUGGUGCUGAUUGCGCAGCGGGCUUUGGUUGGGUAG